AUGGACAGCCCUUCCGGUCCUUCGUCGGCCAACCGGGAUUUACAACCCUCGAUUCGGCGCAGCAGGGUCGUCGAGGGAUCAUGCUGGACUUGUCGAAAACGCCGGGUCAAAUGCGAUAUCCGAAAACCGUCGUGUACGCGGUGUCUCGAUGCUGAGCAGCCUUGUUCAUACAGCGCCACUCCCCCUAUCAAAUGGGUUGGGGGCAUUUCGUCCCGUAGACGUCUCGCCAGUGUCGGCAAUCCUUCUGCAUUCCGUGGGUUGAGUCUGCCAGGCUCGGUCUCUCCCAGUACCCAGCCCCUGGAUAGAAGUGAACUGAGGCUGUAUUUUUCUGAUGUCGUCCUGCCUCGUUUUGUCGUCAACGAGUCGAUAGAAUGGGACUUGGAUGGCGUGCUGCAAAAUGAGUCGCUCCUUGAAGCCGUCACGGCGGUUUCUCAAGCACACUACGCUCGCUAUUCGAAAGUGGAUGUAUACGAUGUUACAGCUGUCCGCAAAAACGCCCGGUAUACUGCGAUUGAGGCCUUUCGACGGUGUUUGCAACAAGGCUUGCAAUCUGAUGGCUCUGUGCAGAUGCUUUUUGCCGUUAAUAUCCUCUUCUGUAUGCUCGAUGGCAUGAUAGAGCCUUCUGACGAGCACAACGCUUCGACAUGCCAUCUACGCGGCGGUUGGGCUAUAUUACACAAUUGGCCAAACACCCCGACAAGAAUGCUCCUACAGGACGGUCUGCAAGCUCACCUGCUGUCGAUUUAUGGCACCAUGGAUCUCGUACAUGCCUUGCUCAGUGGCGAUAAGCCCUUCUUCCAGUCCACCAUAUGGGUCAUGUUUUCCGGUCUGCAGACCUGGUUUGGCAGACUGCCAGCUGGUGACAGAUUUUUGGAGAUUCUAACAGCCUUCGCAGACAUGGCGUCACUUGGCAAUUUAGUCCAUGCUAGUCUGCCUCUCGACAGUGUAAGCCUGGUGUCGAAAUGUUUGACAAAAAUCGAGGCUAUCUUCGAUUCAAGGGAUAUGCAGGAUAACAGGGAGUAUUUCGGUCGAACAAAUACGUCCCCACCUUCUCCAUGGGCAACUUUCUGCUCAAUCUACGAAAUCUGCGGAGUCAUAUACUUGCAAAGGGCUUUGCGAUUGCGGCCUGCAGACGACGAGGUGGUCCAGAGAGCAGCUCGACGCGGAGUUGAAAAGGUGAUUGACCCAAACCUUCCCGGGAUCAUGCGUCACUGUGUUAUCUUCCCAAUGUUGGUCAUUGGCAGCCACUGCACCUUGGCCCAGGAUCGCCAGGCCAUCCUUCAGGCUCUCUCCCCAAGCAGUUCGUAUCUCAGCUUCGGAAAUAUGCAGUUGAUGGCCGAUUUCUUGAGAGAAACCUGGGCCCGAGAGGCAACCAAUAAGAAUUGGUGGGAUCUUUUUUCUUCGUUAUCUGAGAAGGCUUUUCUCUUCUAA